AUGAAUCCCCAUUACUGGGCCAGUUCACAGAAACGGGCAGAGGAAGCUCCAGAGGACAGGCAGCGUCCAGCUUCCUCUCCCAGACGCUUCCUGCUGCUCACCGCUGUGGGUGCUCACUGGGAAGCGAAGGUCACAGUGACAGAAGUGAGCCAAGGCAGAGCUGUUAGCUCACUGGGAGGUCAGAGAAAAGGGGGCCCUGGAGACAGGAUCGGGGUUGAUCAUUUUGGAUUUAAGACUGAUAAAACUUUUAAACAGCGUUACCUAAUAGCUGCUCAGCAGUGGCAGAAAGGGGGCAGGUCCAUACUUUUCUACACUGGUAAUGAAGGGGACAUGAUCUGGUUUUGCAACAAUACGGGGUUCAUGUGGGAUGUGGCUGAGGAAAUGAAAGCUUUGUUGGUGUUUGCUGAACACAGAUACUGUGGAAAGUCACUACCUUUUGGUGCCAACACACCCAAAGAUUCCAGGCACUUGAAUUUUCUGACUUCAGAACAAGCUCUGGCUGAUUUUGGAGAGUUAAUCAAACACUUGAAAAGGACAAUCCUGGGAGCUGCAAAUCAACCUGUCAUUGCCCUGGGGGGCUCUUACGGUGGCAUGCUUGCAGCCUGGUUCAGGAUGAAAUAUCCUCACGUGGUUGUUGGAGUCUUAGGUAUGGCCCCAGUUUAUCAGCUCUGUGGGGGACACAAGGCUUUUCAGGAAAUCAUUACUUUUACUUUCUCUGGUGGUGUUCAUGGGCUCAAGGGGCAGAACUUAAAUAUUUGGGUGCAGAGCUGCUGUAUGACCUUGGACAAGUUAUUCAACUUCUUUGUGCCUUAUUUUUCACUAGAUUCUUCUGGUUUGCUUUCUCAGGCCUGCACAGAAAUGGUUAUGCCCUUUUGUACAAAAGGGAUUGAUGACAUGUUUGAACCUCACUUAUGGGACUUGAAGGAAUUUUCAGAUGAUUGUUUUAAACAGUGGGGUGUGAAACCAAGGCCCUCCUGGAUCACUACUAUGUAUGGAGGCAAAAACAUCGGUUCCCAUACGAAUAUCAUUUUCAGCAAUGGUGACCUAGACCCCUGGUCAGGAGGUGGAGUAACCAAGAACAUCACAGACACCUUGGUUGCCAUCACUAUCCCAGAAGGGGCCCAUCACCUAGAUCUUCGAGCCAACAAUGCCUUUGAUCCCGAGACUCUGCUAUUAGCCCGCUCCUUGGAAGUUAAAUACCUGAAGCAGUGGAUCAGAGAUUUCUAUGCCAGUCUGAGAAAGACACUCUGAGAAACUUUUGACCAUUUUCAGUUUCUUCUUUUACGUUCAUUCCACUCACAUUCCCAUUCACUUUGGUUUUCUACACAAAAUUACUUUCCCUUGUUUAUCAUUGGAUUUGCCAGGGCAAAGGCUGAGACAGAAGAGAGGGUGAUGGUGGUGACAGCAGCCACCCCACACCCCAGGUCCUUGCCUUCUUUGACCACUUCCAGAAAGAAUCUCUUUGUGGCAGCUUUCUCUCC